GUCGGAGGUUCUUCCUGCUUUUCCCCCCGCAGGCUGCCCGUAGCUCUGCCGAGUUUGGAACGCGUGCCUUGCUUCCCCCGUCAAGGAAAGUGCUAAGGGAGUGAUUUCAAAGCCACUCAGGCCAUGGCCUUUGAAAGGAUAAACCAGAAGGACUGGUACAAAAUCCUGGGGGCCAAACCAUCCGACAGCCCAGCAGAGCUGAAACGGAAGUACCAAAAACUUGCUUUGUUGUAUCACCCCGACAAACAGGAGGCAGAUGUGGCGGCAGGAGAAGCGGAGGAGCGCGUGCAGCGGUUCAUCGAGAUCGAUCAAGCGUGGAAAAUUCUAGGCAACGAGCAGACAAAAAAAGAGUAUGACCUGCAGCAGCGUGAAGAUAACCUGACAAAAGAAUGGCCACUUCAUGAACAGAUUUAUCUGGAGGACAUGUGCUGGAAUGAAGAUGAACAGCUCUACACUCUGUCCUGUCGAUGUGGUGGGAAUUACAGUGUCUCCAAGAGUGAAACCAAAGAUGUGUCUUUGGUUUGUUGUGACACAUGUUCACUUGUUAUUGAGAUCCUGCAGUGACUGUUUCAGUGUAGGACAUUGAGUGUUACAAACUUUUCCAAAGACUGGACAAACAAAUGACAGCAUCUGCUGAAGUUAAAGAAAAGGGAGGCACUACAAGAACAAAUUAAUUCAGGCUUAAAAAUGACAAGUGCCCCUUUGCUCACACAGCUCUGCAGAAAUGUGGCUGGGAUUUUCCUUCUGCAGCUGAAGAGCUCAUUAUUAAACACCUCCAACCCACGAGUUCUCUACAACUGGAAUGUAUCUCCUGAGCUAAACGUUUCUUUCUGAGCAAACAACAGAGUAGCUUCUUUCAAUUUCAGUCUGAAGCAGCUCCACCUUGGGCCCUUCCUUUUGGGUUAAAUCCUUCCAACAGCUCAGAUGACAGAAUUCAAUCAGGAGGCACAGGUGUGAGAAUGCUUUGGAGAUAACAAAAACAGCAAGGUUCAGCAGUG